CCUAUCACUUCAGUAUAUCCAGGUCACGUGGGUAUACCGCUAGGCCAUCAUUCGCAUCCUAGCAACCAGAGCAUACCUGGGAGGAACGAUGGUGGCACCUGGCGUUGGCGCAGGCGCAGUUCUCAGCGCCCCGUUACUGCUACUGACCUAGUGGCCCCAGACCAAGGCCCAACUGGAAAUCCAGUGAUAAUACCUUUUACGCAUGCACAAUUCGCGUCACCUUUAGCAGUUCGCGCUCACAAUCACAAUCACAAUCACCCUCACAUUCAUCCUCAAUCGCAACCAAACUCACCCUACACUCACCCUCACGUUCUUCAUCAUCAGAUAUUACCCACACAUCAAUCGCUCUCUCAUUCUCACAUUUCCGACGACUCCGCUACAGUCGAUGGCCAUUUCGGCACAAUGGAGCAGAUCGAGACACAAGCAAGCGACCUCCGAUUCCUUGCCCAAGUUCCUGUAUUGAAUCCAACCUCGAGCCCGUCUCUCGGCCCCGGCUCCGGCGCCGGACGUGGCGGGACUCCAGCCCGUACCCCCGGGAGCGCCGUGGGAGCCUCUACGGGUGCUCCUAUUGCUUACGAGAAUCAUGCCAGUCCAAGUUCCGCCUCUGUCGGCGACAAUUCCGCUCACGGUGCGAGCGCGUCUAAUGCCAAUAAGAGGAAGUCGACAGAUGAUGGUCAAGGCAAUGGAUCAAAGCAAACAAGAAGUAAAAGAAACAGAUAUAUAUCAAUAGCUUGCAAUGAAUGUAAGAGACGAAAGAUAAAAUGUAAUGGCGAAACUCCUUGCCAACGAUGCGGCAACCUCAACUUGGCCUGUCUAUAUGCCCCGAACUGCUGCUCUGGAAACUUUAAGGAAUCGGACGAGUUCAAGCAGGUCACAGCACAACUAGGUCGCCUUCAAGAAGAAGUCGGCUGGCUUCACCAGACCGUCAAGGCCCUUCAGUCCGAACCUGCCCGUUAUUCUUCACUUGGUGAUCGAACAAUGACCCACGGCCACGGCACGCCAGCAGUCGCCCCUUCACCUUCUCAUAGUUCUACUUCGCUUAACCGCCAGGACAGUUCGAAAUACGGUUCUUUCCGGGGCCCAACAAGCAUGGCCUUUAGUCUCGACGUUGCCAACAAUACUAUCAACAACAUGGGCUACAAAGGCAUAUUAGACGAGGAAAAUCCACACAUCAACGACGGUAUGGGCCCCAUGUCGACACGACCAAGAGAUCCCCUCCACGAAUUCGACAAGGACGAAAUGAUUCGCCUGUGUCGUCUGCAUGAGGAAGAGAUUGGUAUCAUGUACCCAGUGCUUAACAUUCAAACCGUGAUAUCCCAUGCCAAGAACAUGACCACAUUUCUCGAAACCCUGCGACAACAAAGCCCCAGAGAAUUAGUCAACGACGAUAAGACUCUGCAGCUCAAAAUUAUCAUGUGCUGUGCUCUAGUGGUGGAGGAGCAUGGGCAUAGUGAUAAAGCCAUUCGCUUGUUUGAGAGCAUGGAAACGGUGCUUAACCGAAAGCUCAUGGCUGAGGCUGCGGAUGUUGCAACCCUGCCAAUCCUGGCUCUUGUUGCUGGGUACAGAUUUCUCUCCAACGACGAGGUUUUGGCUUGGCGAGUCAUGGGUCAUGUCGCACGCUUAUGUCUGGAGCUUGGCAUCCAUCAAAGAACAGGCCUAAUGAGAAUUCAGGAUGAAGAGGAACGUAAGAAUGCUCUUGUCAGCUUCUGGUCGGCAUACGUGCUGGAUAGGCGAUGGGCUUUUGCAACUGGCCUACCUUUCGUCGUUCAAGAUGAGGAAAUCGAUUCCGAGCUGCCAUUUCCAGAGGAGUACCCUUAUCUGGUGGCCAUGAUCACCUAUUCUCGGAUAGGUGCAAAGGUGUGGCGACAAGUAGCUCAUUUUGGGCCGGUUCUUGCACGCGAUUUGCGCUCAACGGAACUGGAAAAUGUCGACCAAGAGUUGUUACAGUGGUAUGAGCAGAUUCCAGAAGAGGUUAAGGUUCGCAACUGGGACAAGGAGAAGCAUAUAACGUCGACACCCUCCUAUAAUCUGCAACGCCUACGAAUCUGGACAUAUUUGCGGCUGAAUCAGAUGCGGAUCUGGCUUUACACGCCUGUGUUGCAUAGCGCCACAAGCAUCAUGGCACAUCCUGCGCAGUCAGAACGUGUAGUUGACAUCGCCAAAGACACCAUCCGAUAUCUUAGCCAUCUGAAUAACACAACCAACUUAUAUAGACGAGUACAGGUGUUCUACCACCAAUUCCUUACAUCUGCGAUUGCUGUCGUCUUCCUCGCAUCAGUCCAUGCCCCGGUUCGCUUCAGCGCUUCUUGUCGCGAGGAGUUUUAUAUGGCCCUUGAGCUGGUAAAGGACCUAUCCGCCAAGAGCUGGGCAUCACAGCGACUUUGGCGCACAAUCCGAUCGCUCAAAGAUGUGGCACCGCGAUUCGGACUUAAUGCCGAAGACGACCCUCAGUCAACAGCAGCGUUAGGAAUGAUAGGACUUGCCCGAGGCCAUAUGGAACAGCAGCAACCGUUCCGCAAACCCUCUAUUCCGGGCCAGCAAUCACAAGCAGCAACACCAGACUCGAUGGCUCAGAAUGGAUCACGAAUUCAAGCCGAGAUGUCACGAAUGUUCGAGGGCUAUGUAGGGUUGAAUGGAUUCCAGUACAACGAAAAUGAUGGACAACAAGGGCCGACUGCUGAAGUUUCUGAAGCAUCCAACGGCGGCAUGUUUGGGGUUGAUGGUACUGUCUUUCCUCAGUUCAAGGAGAUGUAUUAGCCAUCUAUGCUGAGGAUUUUGUAUAUUACCAGUAUUUAGAUAUGAUAUCCCCUCCUGUACACUGACUUCCGGAUAAUCUUGGAUAUAUCUGGUGGCGUAUCAUGGCGCUCAAAAAUAUGAGAUACGAAUUGAGUUGGUAAUGUACCAUUUUAUAAUGAAGAUUUAAUGUUUCGUGUUCAGGCACUUGAAUCGUUUCCGAGGCCGUUAUGGUUGGAAGAGACGCUAGUAUCUCACAUUUAUGCGAAGACUUCAAUAAAUAAACGAGACUGCUGUAUACUGCGGUAUCGUGAGAAGCUUGG